AUGGAGAAUACAUCUGAAUUAUCAUCAGAAGCUCGAUCGGCUAGUCAAGGCACUUGUCAGACUGUUGUUGCACUUUCUGUUGAUAAGUUAAGUGGAAAUUAUCAGAAACAGAAGUUCCUACCGGAUGGUAAAAAUACCAUCAAGGUUUAUCCUCCUGCAAAACGCCGGCAGACAGCCAGGAAAAGUACUGCUAAUAAACCAAUUGUCAAAACAGUCAAUGAAUGGUGUACUUCUGAAGUAACACCAUCCACCUCAAAAGGUGUUUCACAAUUAGAAAUUCUGACUUCACCUGGCUUAUUAGAAGCUCCAUCAACUAGUCAAAAAACCUCUGAAAACAUUGCACUUCCUGUUGAUGAGUUAAGUACCAUUAAUCAGAAAGAGAUGAUCCCACUGGACAAGUGUUUCCAUGGUAAAAAUACUCACAAGAUUUUGCCUUCUGUAAAAUGCCAGACAGCCAGGAAAAGUACUGCUAAUAAACCAAUUGUCAAAACAGUCAAUGAAUCGUGUACUUCUAAAGUAACUCCAUCCACCUCAAAAGGUGUUUCAAAAUUACAGUAUACACCUGAAUUAUCAAUAGAAGGUCCUUCAACUAGUCAACUAGUCAAUUCAGAAAACAAUCUUUCACUUCUUGCACCAGAUAAUAUGAUUAAAAUCAAUCAAAAAGUAAACUUACUGCUCGACCAGUCUUUCCACGGUAAAUCAGAAAUAGAAGUGAAUCGUCGGGUACUUGAAGAAAUUUUAUCUGAUACAGUAGGAAAGUUUUACUCUCAGGAGGACAAAUUCAAGACCAUGACAGAGGCAACAAAUCUUACAGAAAAGUAUAUAAGUCUUCGAACUGAACAUAGAAAAUUGAACCAACUACGAUCUAUGUUGGAAAAACAGGUUGGAGCUUCAAAAGAAGUAAUUGCUCAAAUGAUCAUUGAUAAGCAGCACUCCAAACUCGGCCUUAGAAAGAAUAUUCUCCCAUCUAAGAUAAAGCAAGUCCGAUCAGUAGGCUUGCAAGUAUGCUUAGAAGGGCCUUUGUUUAUCAUUAAUGAACCAAUGAUAGCAUGGAGUACUUCUAUUACUAGUCAGUAUACUGAGAGUAUCUUGACCCCUGAAAAACAACCUGCAAUCAAGAAAAACUCUGCUAAUCAAGAGGACAUAGCUAUGGACAUAGACGAUAUUAACAUAGUUAUGGAAUCAUCUAACUCAACAUCAAGUCAAUCUAAAAGUACUCAGUUUACUGGAAAUGUUAUGGCUCCAGUAAAACGUACAACCAGGAAAAGCUCUACUAAUGAGUUUGAUUUUGUGUCUUCUUCGAUACUGUGUCAACCUAGUACCAGUCAAUACACUAAAAAAGUUUUGUCUCCUGCAAAACGCCAGGUAGUUAAGAAAAGUACUACUAAAAAUGUUUUGCCUCCUGCAAAACGCCGGACAGCAAAGAAUAGUACUACUAAAAAAGUUUUAGGUGUAAACAAAUCUAACAUAGUGACAAGAAGUAUGUCAAAAGAAUCUGCUGGUAUUGCAGUACCCACAGCAACCUGGGAAACUAAAGAUGAUCCCACAAGAGUUACAAGGAGUAUGUCUAAAGAAUCUGGCAGUAUUAGAGUAUCCACAACAACCUUGGAAACUGAAGAUGUUUCAAAAUUACCAACUUUAGAUAUAGGCAAAUCGUUACAAGCAAGCAGAGUUACAAGGAGUAUAUCUAAAGAAUCUGCCAGUAUUAGAGUACCCACAACAACCUUGGAAACUGAAGAUGUUUCAAAAUUACCAAUACAUUCUGUAUUACCGAUAGAUAAUUCAUCUGAAUUGUCAUCAGAAGCUCCUUCAACUAGCCAAGAUACCUCCCUAAAACUCAUUUCACUUCCAGAUCCAGACAAUCUGAUGAAGAUUAAUCAAAAGGUGAACUCGCUUCUUGACAAGUGUUUUCAUGAUAGUACCGAAAUGGUAGUUAAUAGACAUAAACUUGAGGAUAUGUUAUUAAAUACCUUAGGAGAUUUUUUCUCCCAGGAGGAUAAGUUUAAGAACAUGACAGAGGCAAAAAAAUUAAGAGAGAAGUGUAAAAUGCUAGAAACGGAGAAAGAUCAGUUGAACCUACAACGAUUCGCCAUAGCAGAACAGGUUGAAGAAUCCAAGAAAUUGAACAAAGAAAUGGCUAGUACUUGUAAAAGUAAGACUAACAAAGAAGUUGUUAAAAAGGUUCAGGCAUCUUCUUCAAAAGUAAGCCAAUCAACUAGUUUCAAUGCAUCCUAUAUAAAAGAUGUAGGAAAAGUUGAUAAUAAUAAAGGUUUUGAGAAUUUCAACCCUGGUGUAAUUAAAAAUAUUAAAUAUGAAAAUGUUAUUAAUCAGAAGUAUGCAAUGGCUGAGGGUGUUAAUGCUAUUGAAAUUUCAGAUGAUGAAGAUAUAGAAGGAGGACCAACAGUUCUUAAAAAUAUUAAAUAUGAAGAUGUUAUUAAUCAGAAGUAUGCAAUGGCUGAGGGUGUUAAUGUUAUUGAAAUUUCAGAUGAUGAAGAUAUUGAAGGAGGACCAACAGUUAUUAAAUAUGAAGAUGUUAUUAAUCAGAAGUAUGCAAUGGCUGAGGCUGUUAAUGUUAUUGAAAUUUCAGAUGAUGAAGAUAUAGAAGGAGGACCAACAGUUAUUAAAUAUGAAGAUUUUAUUAAUCAGAAGUAUGCAAUGGCUGAGGCUGUUAAUGUUAUUGAAAUUUCAGAUGAUGAAGAUAUAGAAGGAGGACCAACAGUUAUUAAAUAUGAAGAUUUUAUUAAUCAGAAGUAUGCAAUGGCUGAGGCUGUUAAUGUUAUUGAAAUUUCAGAUGAUGAAGAUAUAGAAGGAGGACCAAUAGUUAUUAAAUAUGAAGAUGUUAUUAAUCAGAAGUAUGCAAUGGCUGAGGCUGUUAAUGUUAUUGAAAUUUCAGAUGAUGAAGAUAUAGAAGGAGGACCAACAGUUUUUAAAUAUGAAGAUUUUAUUAAUCAGAAGUAUGCAAUGGCUGAGGCUGUUAAUGUUAUUGAAAUUUCAGAUGAUGAAGAUAUAGAAGGAGGAACAACAGUUUUUAAAUAUGAAGAUUUUAUUAAUCAGAAGUAUGCAAUGGCUGAGGCUGUUAAUGUUAUUGAAAUUUCAGAUGAUGAAGAUUUAGAAGGACCAACAGUGAUAAUGAAGAGACCAUCAACUCCUCUGGAACUGCCACUGGUGAAAAUAACAUCAGUUUGCCAUCUUCUUCCUGAAUUCCCAUUCACCCCUCAAUAUCUUCCUGAUGUUUCUAAGCCUUCUGCACCGAUAUUACAGGUUAAAAAACGUAGUAUGUUAGAAAAAACUAUCAUGUUGGUGUGGUUUUUGGAUCAUGAGAAGGAUAAGGAUCAUGGAAAUAUUGUUCACUAUGAAAUAUUUUGUUUGAAAGAAGUGAGCGAUAAUAAACUCUCUGACAAUAUUUGGAAGAGAAUAGGAGGGGAUAUAGUGGCUCAGAAACUGCCAAUGGCUUGUAAAAUUUCGGAUCUUGUUGAGAAUUCAACGUACCACUUUAUCAUACGUGCAGUUGAUGAUCAGAAUAUAGUUGGUGAUUUUAGUGUUCCUGCAUCCAUAAAGCUGCAAAAGUUAGAUUCUUAA